CCUUCCCCGUGCUAUAGUCGAGGGGCGAUUGUUUUGGUAAGUUGAGAGAGAGAAAAAGUUCAUUGAAAUCUUUCCAAUGAAUCGUUUACGUGUGGCAGAGUGAAAGGGACGGCGUGAACCCUCAGUGACGGCUUGUGUUACUUCGUUAAACGGUGGGCGAAGUGUCCGAAGUUUGUGUCCGUGUUUUUGUUGACGUUUUUUUUGGGUUGUAACCGCUUACGCAAGACGCGCAGUAUUGUCGUAUUGGGACAGAAUUCGUUUAGUUUAAUUACGAAAUAACAUAAUAGGUGUUUUCGACGCCAGAACGGUUAACGUUGACGUCCACCGUUGACGUAACCGUGAUAUUGUCGACGUGUUUAAUCGCUUUGUUUCCUGACUGUUAUACUUUCACAUUGGUGUUGUUCGAGAACCGACGAAUGUCAUCGUUAUCCCUUUUAAGUACAACACCGUCGUACCAUGUUCGAAAGUAUCGUUCGCUUCGGGACGUGUUUACUCGAUUUUUUUACCACUUAUUUCCAAAGAAUUGUCGUUCGAUUGUAAGCGUCGAAUGAAUGGACUCCCAUCGCGCAUGCGCGAAUACAUAAAGUUUAUAAACAAGGCCUGCUGCGUGCGCAGCUCGAAAUGACACGAUUGCUAAAUUCUGAGAAUACCGAAUGUAUGAACUCCAUGAGUUGGUGAAGGCAAUAAGUCAGUUAUUACCUAUUACACAUUUAAUGUUAAUUAAUUGUUCUCACACAAUGUUUCAGGUUGUCUGUGCAGAUCUGUGACGUUUAUUCUCUGCUGUCUGUGCACGUGUGUGAUUUUGUAUGGUCGCAUGUGUGGGCCUGCACAAAUGCCUCCGACAGCACCUGGAGGAGAGCAUUAAAUAUUGUUCCUGUCCCAUGGUGGUCUGGGAGGUGGUUAAGACAAACCAAGCAACCUGUGAGCCAGAAGACCAGGAUUCUUCAGGUAUCGACCGUGCAGAGGAAACAGUAGUCCAAAGACUCUUUCUCAUCGCCAGUUAACGGCGAUCUGGCCUUUUGCUGAUUGGCUGAGUUUAUUACUCAGUCGAAGAUGAUGGACACGGCCGGGAACCAAACAGACGGCCUGCUCCCCUCGGAGGAACGCCUCCUUCCCACCAGUGACAGCCACAUGGAGUAUGACGACCUCCCGGCCCUGCAGGAGGUGCAGGCGGAGGGCCCGACGGAGACACCGGCCUAUCAGGUGGAGGGGGGCGUGUCCCACCUGGAGAGGGAGAACAGGACAUACUCCGGCCCCCCUGACACACACUGGCUGACCCAGCUGGCGCACAUCGCCACAGGGCCCCAGAGUCCACUGCUGCAGGGGUCCCCACGCCCGUCUCCCCUCCGCGUCUUCGGCGCCAGCUGUGGCCUCCAUUCCUACGCCAGACCUCCUCCAACUUCUCCUACUCCUCCUCCUCCCUCUCCUUCUCCUUGGGCCAGCAGCCACCCGGCACCCCCUACAGGCCGGGGAAGGGGCCGCAGGAGCACCAGGAAAAGCAAUGAGGUGUCCACCCGCUCCACGCCGUCCGACGAUGAGGACAUGGGCUGGAGCCACUCCUGGCCUCCGACCGCGUGGCACUGUUUUCUUAAAGGGACCCGGGUCCGGUUCCACAGCGGGGCCCGGUCUGGCUGGCAGGACGUGGAGGACCUGGUCUCUGCUGAGGACGACGCUGGGCCCCCGGAGAAGGGGGGCGCGCUGAAGGUGUACGGGUUGGACGGCCUGCGUCUGACGCAGCACUCUGAGGUAAUCUCCUCCGACCAGUCCGUCCUGCAGCUGACCUUUGACCCCGGCGCAUUCGGACACACCCCCCUGACAGCCCACUGUCCAUUGGACCACCCGUUCUACGUCAAACACAAAGGGUGGUCCUCGUUCUACCCCAGCCUGACCGUGGUGCAUUAUGGGAUACCGUGCUACGAGGUGGAGCGGGGGGACGUCUGUCUGCCUCCGGGACACCGGGACGCCGUGCGGACGGACGCCUCGCUGGUCUUCAACACGUUCAGGAGUUAUGACUUCACCCCGCUGGACUCGUCGGCCGUCUACGUGCUGAGCAGCAUGGCCCGCCGCCGCCGCACCUCCCAGUCCAGCGGGGGCGCUGUGUCCCCCGACAGAGAGCUGCAGACAGCAGAUGCCCAGAGCCCUGGCCCCUCCCAUUCUCAACACCAACAGCCAAUCAAAAGUGUGCCAAGCAGUCAACCAGGAAGUGCGAACGCCACCAGGUGUAAGCGGCCAAUGAACGCCUUCAUGCUGUUCGCCAAGAAGUUCAGGGUGGAGUACACACAGAUGCACCCUGGGAAAGACAACAGAGCCAUCAGCGUGCUGCUGGGGGAGCGGUGGAAGCGGCUGCGGGGGGAGGAGAGGAGGGUCUUCACCCUGGAGGCCAAGGCCCUCGCAGACCAGCAGAAGAUCCUCGACCCCGACUGCUGGAAGCGCAGGAGGACCAACUCUGGCUGUCAAGGAAACUGAGGCUCCUCCCACAGAGACAUCCACUGGGAGAGGACAGACUUCAGGAGACACACAUAUACACACGCACACACACCCUCACACUCACAAGCAUGUACACACACACACACACACUCAUGUAUACACAUGCACACACGCAUAUAUAAAUAUGCACACACACACACACACGCAGACAAGUAUAUGCACACACAAUCACACACAUAUACAGUCGGAUGCACACCCACACACACACACACGCACGCAUAUACAUAUGCACACACAAACAAUACACACACACACACGCACACAUAUAUAUUUAGGAAUAUCUUUAAUUAUUAUUAUUAUUAACUAUGCUUGAAUCUUUUAAAUGUAUUUUAAACUACCGCGUGCCUUCCUCCACCCAAAGCCUUCCUCCACCCAAAGCCCCGUCAGGGUCUCUGCCCUCCUAGAGUCUAGUGACGCGGGGGCUGAAAGAACCACACACUGCCACUGUCCCCCGCGACCGGGGACUGGUCAGGGCUUCCAGGAGCAGUUCCUUAAGCCGCCACAGGGGGGCGGUGUAGGGAUGGACCUCAGGGACCCGCACAUUCAGACCAACACAAUAACCCAGCCAUCACAACGACGAACCAGCCUUCCCAGUUCUCUCUUCCCCGUCGCCCCUCGUUGAUCAUUAAAAGGCUGAGCGUCUGAGUUUCGAGCUUUUGUAGUGAGUGACGUUGAUUUACAAAUUGAGUGAUACGGGUGAACACUUUCAAAGAAGUUCUUCGAUUAGUAUUGUAGAUUAUGAUUUUAGAUUAAAUAAUACCUAAGGCUUGAAUCAUACCAAAGUUGUGGUGCUAUAGUUUCCUUCUCUUUUUUUUCAGUUACGGCAUUGAGGGAUAUUAAAUGGAGAACAUCGUUUUUUGCGGAUCUAAAAGUUCUAAUAAUAUAUAUAUUUACUUAAACUAAAAUGUCCAAUGCGUGUAUCGGUAAUAUCUUCAAGGACUUGGCGGCCAUUUGCAAAGAAAUGUCUAAGAUGAGACAAACUUAAUUAUUAUAAGUGUAUAACUUUAUAAUCCGCAACCUGCACAUAAAACAACGUAAUAUCAGCCAGGAGUAAGGAUAAUAAUUGCCAUGCCCUACACUCCUUUGUUUAAUGGCAAUUAUUUGUCAGCUACAUAAUUGGCUGGAAUCAUCAUUUUAUUAGAGUAUAUUGUUUAGUGUGAGAUAAAGAUAUAGAAACUGGACCUGGGAGACAAAUGAAAUCCUGCUGCCCCUAGAGGUGGAGUCGGGAAUGACGGCCAACAGACAAAGUCAGGACCUUUUUUCCUCCAGUGUUACCUUUUGCCACAGGUGGGCCUUCAAGCCCAAGUUGUUGUUUUCCAAAGCACUAUAUUCACUUUAUCUUGUGUGACUUCUAUAACUUGUGUACCUAAAUAAAUAAAUAGAAACAUUGUAAGAAAAAAUAUCUUAUUUAAAAAAGUAGCAAAAGUCUUUUUAGUUUUUUCUUUUGUGUUCCUGCCUUGAAAUUUGUUUAAUCUGUUGUGGUUGUUAAUUAUGUUUUAGUUAGAAUCGUACUCUUAUGAACAGGUGAAACAGCACACACAAAGCAAUGCAAUGGACUAGUAUGAAUAAAAGCAUGAGACUUGUACGCUGGCUGAUUGUCUUUCAUUAUACACUUAAAAUAAUGUUAGGUGGAGCAAAUAAUAGUAUUUUUAAAACAACUCUCCAAACGAUCCACUCAUUGGCUAAAGGUUUCUUUCUUGGAAGAAAAGAAAAAAGAUCCAUAUUUUUUGUAUUACUUUUUUUUUAUUCAAUUGCUUAAAAUAUUGUUCCCAUUGGUCACUAUAAACAUACCGUGCCUUUUCAUAGUUUGACAAAGACACACAUUAAAGUUCUCCUGUGUUCAAAACACAUAGA